AUGGGUUUUAAUGAAUGUGGUUUUAGUCGAUACGAUAAAGAUAAUGCAGAUAUUGAUGAUGGGGCUGAUGACUAUCAAGAAAAUAUUGAGGUUGAUGACUUUCAAGUGGAUAAUAAUGGGAUUGAAAGUUCGGUACUUCAUCGACACCCGCCUCCAUGUGCGGGCGGUAACUUAGCGGAUGGGCCUCCUAGCAACAAUAACAUUGGCUCAAAUUCGCUUGGUACGUCGAACUUUGUUGGGAGUAAUAGUAGCAAUAGCUAUUGGGGUGGUAAAGUUGCGAUUGGGCAGAUUUAUUCAGACAAAAAAGAGUUACAAAAAUAUAUUGCUAUGUAUGCUAUGAGCAAGAACUUCCAAUUUCGCGUUAUUAAGUCGACCAAAACUCUUUUUAUGAUUCAAUGUGCUGCUAAAGGGUGCGAGUGGCGUAUGCGAUCUAUAAGAGUCAAGGAUUCGGAGUUGUUUAAGGUGACGAGGCUUAAUGACAAUCACAAAUGCUCUUUGGACUUUAUUAAUCGAAGUCAUAUGCAAGCAUCAGGAAAGGUUAUUGGAGAAUGCAUUAAGUCAAAAUAUAAUGGUGUUGGUCAUAUUUACCGACCAAAAGACAUAAUACAGGAUGUGCGGCAGGAAUUUGGUGUUAAUAUUAGCUAUGAUAAAGCUUGGAGGGCUAGGGAAGCUGCCUUGGAAUCAGUGCGAGGAACGCCUGAAGAUUCCUUUUCUUACUUGCCACACUAUUGUUCCAAGUUAGAGAAGAAUAAUCCUGGUACGAUAACUUAUAUAGAGUCCGAUCACGAGAAAAGGUUUAAAUAUUUUUUCAUGGCUCUCGGUGCUUCGUUAAGAGGAUUUCGGAGUGCAAUGCGACCUGUCAUCGCCGUUGAUGGUACUCACCUAAAGGGCAAGUACAUGGGCACGCUCUUUGUUGCCGCUGCUCAAGAUGGCAACAAGAAAAUUUAUCCAGUGGCUUUUGGGGUUGGAGAUUCCGAGAAUAAUGCAUCUUGGGAAUGGUUUUUCGAGAAACUGCGAGUUGCACUUGCACUUGAAGAUUUCUCGGAACUAUCAUUGAUAUCGGAUAGGCAUAAAAGUAUUGAGAGAGGUGUUUCACUUGUAUUUCCGGAAUCUUAUCAUGGGCAUUGCAUGCACCAUAUCAAACAGAACAUGAAGGCCAAAAAAAUUGAUGAUGCCGUGUUUCCCAUAUAUUUCAAGGCAGCAAAGGCUUACCGUAUUUCAGAUUUUGAACAUCUAAUGACACAGAUCCGUGGUUUUGAAGGUGGCAAGGCAUAUAAAUAUCUAGAGGAUGCCGGAUUCGAUAAGUGGUCUCGUGCACAUUUUCCCGGAUAUAGGUACAGUAUACUCACUACCAACAUUGCAGAAAGUAUGAAUGCUGCACUACGUGAUGUGCGGGGUCUUCCAAUAACAACGUUGGUUGAGCAAUUGAGAUCCUUAAUUCAAAGGUGGUUUCAUGAGCGUCGUACAAAAGCGGCAUCCAUAACGUCCCAAUUGUGCAAGAAGGUUGAGAAAAAAAUGACAAAGCGGAAUGAAAGGGCUUCACGUAUGUUGGUUGAACCAAUAAGUCUUAUCGAGUUCUAUGUACGGGAUGGCUUCGGAGAUGGCGAGGUGAACUUUCAUGACAGAACAUGCACGUGCAGGAAGUUUCAAAUGCAACAAUUGCCGUGCGUUCAUGCAUUGGCUGCUUGCCGAUUUAGAAAUGUCACUGUACAGGCAGGUGUGAACAAAUGCUUGACUAAGAAAAUACAUGCUCGACUAAAGAAAACAGAUGCUCGACUACAGAACAUCAAUGCUCGACUAAAGAAAACAAAUGCUCGACUACAUAAAAAUGCUCGACUAUAG